ACAUCGUGUUGCAAUAUCCCUGAUACAGUUUAGUUCCUCUACCACAUCACAAUCCAGCCACUAAACAUUGUGAGGAGCAGGGAGGGGGGUUGAUGGCAGGGGUUGGCGAGAAAAUCAUGGUGAGUGCUUUCACCGGGGUGAUUGGUCCACUCCUCGGCAAGCUCAGCAAGCUCAUGGAGGAGGAGUUUUCCAAGGUCAAAGGCGUCAAGAAGAAGGUGGAAUCUCUCAGGAGAGAGCUGAUCACCAUCAAUAUCGCCCUGGAGAAGUACGCCAUGAUGGAGAAUCCGGACGUGCAAGUCAGCGCCUGGAUGAACGACGUGCGGGAAGCGGCGUAUAACAUCGAGGACUGCAUCGACCUUUUCAUGCAUCAUGUAGAUCAUGAACCACCCGGGAGUGUCACCGGCAUCAAGGGGCUCUUCCGCAAGAGCAUGCGGAAGCUGAAGAAGCUUAAAUAUCGCCAUAGGUUUGCCGAUCAGAUCCAGCAACUCAAGGCCCUUGUGAACGGAACAUAUGAGCGGCAUCUGAAGUACAAGAUCGAUGACUGCAAUCCUGGUGUCAUGCACACGGAGAUUGAUCCCCGCUUGCCAGCACUCUAUGUGGAGGCGGAGAAGCUUGUGGCUGUUGAGGGUCCAAGCGAAGAAUUAAUCAGUCGGUUCAUCGAUGAAGAGAGCGAUCCGGUGAAGCAGUGCAGGGUUGUCUCUAUUGUUGGCUCUGGAGGUUCAGGCAAAACUACUCUUGCUAAUCAGGUGUACCAGAAAAUUAAGGGUAAAUUUUCCUGUUCUGCUUUUGUCUCUGUAUCACGAAAGCCUACCAUGGUUAACAUCCUGAGGGAUUUGCUCCUGGAAAUCGAGAACACUGACAGAAAAUCUGACAAAUACCUGUCAACAAGAUCAUGCAGUGAGCGGCAUCUUAUCGAUAGGCUAAGAGCACAUCUCGAAAAUCAAAGGUACCUUGUUGUCGUUGAUGACAUAUGGAGUAAAUCGGCAUGGGAACAAAUACAAUGUGCUCUUCCGAAGAAUUUCCAUGGCAGUAGAAUAAUUACGACAACACGCAUCAACAAAGUAGCUGAAUUUUGUUGCACUUCAAAUGAAGGCUUUGUUUAUCCAAUGAAACCUCUUAGCAACAAUGACUCCAAAAUAUUAUUUCUGAAAAGGACUUUCGUGGUUGCAGCUGAAUGCCCUAGUCAGCUAGAGGGGAUUAUGGAUGAUAUACUGCAUAAAUGUGAUGGUUUACCAUUGGCCAUAGUAAAUAUAGCUAGCUUGUUGGCUAGCAAACCUGUAAGAAGGGAAGAAUGGGAGAGAGUGAGAGACUCUGUUUGUUCUGCACAUGGAAAAGAAAAAGAUAAAGAGCUAGAAGUGAUAGAUAAGAUAUUGUCUCUCAGCUAUUGUGAUCUAACCCAGCCUCUGAAGACAUGCUUAUUGUACCUUAGCAUGUUCCCGGAAGAUUACAUCAUUGGCAAAUAUAGCUUGGUAUGGAGAUGGAUUGCCGAGGGAUUUGUUGUUCCGAAGCAUGGAUAUACUUUGGAGGAAGUAGGAGAGAGUUAUUUUAACGAGCUCAUCAACAGGAAUAUGAUUCAACAGGAAUUUAAAUAUGAUGGUGAAGCGAUUUCAUGUCGAGUCCAUGAUAUAGUACUUGACUUCAUUGUCACUCGGUCAAAUGAAGAAAAUUUUGUUUCUGUAUUAGAUGCUCAGCACAUCCCAUCUCAACGUGACAAGAUUCGCAGGUUGUACAUCCAUAAAAAGAUGAGCAUGCAGCCGAGCAUUACCUGGAUGCCCCCUCUUCUGGACCUACAGAUUCUUCGUGUACUAUAUCUAGAGGAUUGUAAUAGUUUGAAAGAGGACCACCUCAAAAACAUCGGAAGCUUAAUUCAUUUGAGAUAUUUGGGUCUGCGGAACACAAAUGUUAAGAACCUCCCAAUCCAAAUCAGGAAGCUAGACUAUUUGCAAACGCUUGACCUAAGAGGAAGUGGGAUAGCAGAGUUGCCGGAAUCUAUUGUUCAUCUAAAACGGCUGAGACACCUGGUUGGUCAGCGACUCAGAUUGCCGGAUGGAUUUGGCAACAUGGAAGCUCUUCAAGAGCUUUGGGAGAUCAAUGGCUCCAAGAGCUCUAUAAACUUUGGGAAGGAUCUGCAGAAUUUGAGACAGUUGAGAGUGCUUGGAAUACAUUUUGAGCAUACUUAUUGUGAUGAUGGACAAAUCAGUACAGCUCUUUGUAAGCUUGGGGAAAACAACCUUCGCUCCCUACAUAUCAUCAACAUGGGUUGUGGUCCUCCUACGUGCUUCGCAGAUCCAUGGUGCUCUCCUCCGCGUCUCCUCCACAAGUUUGUUUUGCAAGGUUAUAGGGAUGACAAUUUACCCUUGUUCCCGAAGUGGAUUAGUCCCUUGCUCUCUGAACUCACCUACUUAGAUUUUGGUGUUGAUCAAAUGCAUGGGAGAGACUUGCACAUGCUCGAAGGUUUGUAUGCGCUUUGCGUGCUUUGUCUGUCUGCAGAGGAAAUUCCUAAAGAAGGACUCUCGGUCAGCUGCAAUGGAUUCCAAUCAUUAAGGCAUCUAUGCUUCCACAAUAUAUUUGGACCAGGAUUGGUAUUUAAAGAAGGAGCUAUGCCGAAGCUCCAAAAGCUUUUCCUUGCAUUCGAUGCAGAUGAAGCACUCUCUACAUAUGGUUGUAUAGGUUCCGGCAUCCAACACCUUUUGCGUCUUAACUACAUUGAAGUCAGCAUUAACCGUACUCCUGCAAUGAAGUCUGCAAAGUAUGCUAUAGAUAAGGAAGUUAAGCUGCUCACCAGCAACCCCCAGGUUAAGUUUGUGUAGUGAUGGAUUGGCAGAAGAUAUGCCCGAAAGGCGAUGCAGUGUUAACCUGAAAAAAACAGAAGAUCUGCAAUGAUUAGAUUGAUUUGAGGUACUAUUCAAAGGUCAUUCAUUUCAUGUUCACCAACAGGGUUCAUAUGAAGUUAAGUUUAGCAAGCCUGCAGACAUGUUCUUCAUGAUUUUGAUCUCACAAGAUAGAGACGAACACAACAUGGAAGGCGACAGUUAUGCACAACAAUCUGUUGAUUUGUAUGUCGAAACUGGUAUACAUUGUCAUAGAUUUUGCACCGCAGUAUGUGCCAGUCAUUUUGGAAGGGGGCUUAUCAUUGGAAGCAUCCUUUGCUCAUGUCAAGGAUUAGGGCCUUUCUGUCACCUUCUUUCAUGCAAGAUGGAUCAGAACGCAUAUCAGGUCACCUUCUUUAUCCAGCGUUGUGUAAUUCAUGGCGUCAAACAGUAAUUCAGUAAAAGCAACUAGUACCGAGACAUAAUAGAAGAG